AAAGAACGCGCGCAUUCUGCUCGCAUGGCAGCAGGACUCGCAGGAAUAGUCCGUGUUUGGCUGCCGUUCGGGAGACUGAAGUCUCAGACUUGUGUUCCGGAACUUUGAUAGCAUGGGGCAGCUAUGAAAUUUGCCCCAAUAUUAUGGUGCUGGACCGCGCUUUUUUUCUCGACGGUACGGAGUGGUGGAGUAGAUCUUCAAGGCCCGUUGUUUCUGCUGGAGCCGUCCUAUCGAGUUGAGUUUAGCAACAGCUCGGGAGGGCGGGUUGAUUGCACUGCUCACGGAAGUCCCUCUCCGGAAGUCGAGUGGGUAUUUGCUGAUGGAUCUCCUGUACACCAGGUUCCUGAUUUAAGACUGCUUUUUCCAAAUGGAUCCCUUGUAUUUCCCCCUUUUUACAAUGAGAGGUACAGACAUGAUGUUCAUGCAGCAAUUUAUAGAUGUAGGCUGAAAAGUGCACUUGGUAUUGUUAUUAGCAGAGAAGUACAUGUUAAAGCUGUUGUGAAGCAAAAAUACGACAUACAAGUGCUCGACGAAUAUGUCACUGCUGGAAACACGGCUGUUCUGAAAUGCAAGAUUCCAAAUUACGUGACCGACUACGUGAUGGUGACGUCCUGGAUUCAGGACGAAAGCAUUAACAUUUAUCCCAAUACCGACAUCGGAGGCAAAUACGUCGUGCUCAGCAACGGUGAUUUAUACAUCAGCAAUGCCGGACCAGGAGAUGGUUAUAAAAACUAUGCGUGCAGGACGGUUCAUCGACUGACAGGGGAGGUACAAACCAGUGCUUACCCAGGACGGAUUAUAGUAAGAGAGCCCAAAGGGAACAUUCAGCCUACAAUCAGCGUGGAUAAAUAUAAUGCUAGACGAGUCGUGCUGGGUGAGGAUGUCACAUUACCUUGCGUUGCACAAGGCCACCCAGUCCCAGGAUACUACUGGAAAAGAGAAUUGCAGGGUCAAAGUAUACCUGUUGCACUAGGUGAACGACUUACGAUUCUUUCAGCAGGAUUACUUAGGAUAUCGAAGGUUAGGUUAGAAGAUAGAGGUGUGUAUGUGUGUUUUGCAAAUAAUUCAGCUGGAGAAGAAAGUGUUAGAGUCACUUUAGAAAUAACUUCUUCCUUAACAGCACAUAUACAACCUCAGGGGCAAGUGGUUGAUGUAGGAAAAGACGCGACGUUUCAAUGCAUAGUAAAUGGCUUUCCAGUUUCCCAAACAUCUUGGCUUCAUAAUGGAAAACCUAUUGCACCUAAUGGUAGAGUGGAAGUAAUGGUGGAACCAUCCAGGUUAACAAUUCAUCAUCUAACAAAAGAAGAUCGAGGAAUGUAUCAAUGUAUUGUUAGCAAUAACUGGGACCAAGCACAAGCCAUAUCCGAAUUAGAUAUGGGUGAUGCUGGUCCAGAAUUGAUCUAUUGGUUCUCUGAACAAACUCUUCAACCUGGACCCACCGUAUCUUUAAAAUGUGUGGCCACUGGAAAUCCACCACCGCAAUUUACAUGGGCAUUGGACGGUUUUGCUAUUCCUGAUGAUCCCAGAUUUCUUGUUGGACAAUACGUUACCAUACAGGAUGAUGUGAUUAGUCAUGUCAAUAUAAGCAAUAUUAAAGCUGAAGAUGGAGGUGAAUAUACAUGUACAGCGCACAAUAGUGUGGGAAAAAUUUUUCACAGCGCUCGAGUAAAUGUCUACGGACUUCCGUUCAUCAGAAAAAUGUCUAGAAUAACAGGAAUUGCUGGAACAAAUCUAAUAAUUAAGUGUCCUGUAGCAGGAUAUCCCAUAGAAACAAUAACUUGGGAAAGAGAUGGUCAAUUAUUACCUGUUAAUAGACGUCAAAGAGUAUACACAAAUGGUACUUUAGUGGUUGAACAAACCCAAAGAAAAGAAGACGCAGGAACCUACACAUGUCAAGCACAAAACAGACAAAGAAAUUCGGCAAGAAGAGACGUAGAAGUUCUAGUUAUUGUUCCUCCAAAAAUUUUACCAAUUAAUCCUAUGACCGAUCUUUUGCGAGAAGGAAUGCGUGCUGCAAUAACUUGCCAGAUAAUGGAAGGCGAUUUACCGUUGACAUUUCGCUGGGAACGUAAUGGAAAAGUGGUUUCUAAUAAUGCUGCUCUAGGGACUAUUAUAAGACGAAUCGACGAAUUCUCUUCUUCUUUAAUUAUUGAUCAGGUAACAUCAGCCCACAGCGGAAAUUAUACUUGCAUCGCAAGUAACGUCGCAGGUUCAGAGAAGUAUAUUGUUCCUCUAACUGUUAACGUGCCUCCCAGGUGGACAGUAGAACCAUUAGAUUCUAAUGUGGCAGCUAGUCAGGAGACAAUAUUACAUUGUCAAGCAGAUGGUUAUCCAAAACCUGUGAUAACUUGGAAAAAGGCUAUAGGUCAGCAACCAGGAGAAUAUAAAGACUUUCUAUACGAGCCAAAUGUACAACAAUAUCAAAAUGGUUCUCUUAAUUUUAUACACAUAUCAAAAGAAAGCGAAGGGCAGUAUUUAUGCGAAGCAAAAAAUAAUAUUGGUUCAGGAGUCAGUAAAGUAAUUUUUCUAAAAGUUAAUGCGCCAGCAAAUUUUGUACAAAAAAACAAACAAGUUCAAGUGGUUAAAGGAGAGCAAGCUCAUUUACAAUGUUCCGUUUUGGGAGAUACACCCAUGGAUAUACACUGGCAGAUGGCUGGUCAACAUAUAUCAAAUGAUGGUGAUCAAAGAUAUUCUAUACGUGAACAAACUUUAGCAGAUGGUUUGGUUUCUGAAUUAGGAAUAGAAAGAACAAUGCGAAAGGAUACUGGAAUAUAUACAUGUUCUGCAUCUAAUGCAUAUGGCAGUGAUGAUAUGAAUAUACAGCUAAUUGUUCAAGAAAUACCUGAACCACCUAAAAAUGUUCGAGUUAUGGAUCAACUUUCAAGAUCUAUAGGAAUCUCAUGGACAUACCCGUAUGCUGGAAACAGUCCAAUUACAAAUUACAUAGUGCAAUAUAAACCAGGGCCAGAUGCGUGGCCAAAUCAACCAUUAAAAAUAACAGUCCCAGGAUCGCAAACAUCUACCACAUUACAAAACUUAAGGCCAUCCCAGGUUUAUCAUUUAAGAAUUUUAGCAGAAAAUAGACUUGGUUUAAGUGAACCAAGCCAAACAGUUCAAAUUAAUACACUAGAAGAAGUUCCAAGUGGAGCUCCCGUAGAUAUUAGAGCGGAAGCUAAAAGUUCUACAGAAUUGGUUGUAACAUGGGAACCUCCGCCUAGAGAUACUUGGAAUGGAAAUUUGUUAGGGUAUCAUAUCGGAUAUACAGAACUAAACAAUCAAGAAACCAGUAAAGUAGCUCAGGUGUACAUUUAUAAAAGUGUUGAAGUUCGGCCACAUUUUGGAGGUGAAGCUAUUUUGCAGGGUUUAUCUAAAUAUACCAUGUAUAGUAUUAUUGUACAGGCAUAUAAUAGUAGAGGAUCUGGUCCAGCAAGUGAAUCAGUAUCAUCAAGAACAUUAGAAGAUUCUCCUAAUUUGCCUCCUGAAAAUAUUCAAUGUUCUGUUUUAAAUCCACAAAGUUUACACAUAUCAUGGAAUCCUCCGCUUCCAAAAGGACAAAACGGAAUUAUUCAGGGAUACAAAGUUACUUAUCAUUCUGUGGGAGAAUGGUUUGAUAAUGACGAUCAGCAAACAAAAAUAAUAAACCAACUUCGCACAACUAUAUCAGGAUUAAGAAAAUUUACCAAUUAUAGUAUGACUGUGUUAGCUUUUACUUCUAGUGGAGAUGGAGUCAGAUCAAUGCCAGUUUAUUGUCAAACCGAGGAAGACGUUCCUUCUGCCCCAGCCGAAAUUAAGGCCGUUAUAAGCUCUCUUAAUAAAAUAUUAAUUUCGUGGUUACCUCCAAAGUUUAGCAAUGGUCCACUCAUGGGUUACACAUUUUAUAUGAGUAUGGUAGAAGAUGGGAGAGAAGAAGGAACGCAUAAGAGAAUAUUAAGCCCAACAACAAACAUGCAUGAAAUUGUUAGAGCACAAGAAACAGCAACACUUCAAUUUUGGGUUACUGCUUCUACUAAGAUCGGUGAAGGUGAAAGUACUAAAGUAAUAACGGUCACUCCUUCAAAAAAUGUACCAGCCAAAAUUGCAUCAUUUGGAAGAGACGUUGUAAGUGCUUGGAAACAAGAUAUAUAUUUAGAUUGUCGAAGAGUUGGAGAACCACUUCCGAAUGCCAUUUGGAAAUUGAAUGAAUUACCGAUGGAAGUUGGUGGACGGCGCUCGAUAUUAUCCAAUGCUACUUUGUUCAUAAAAGACGCACAAAGUGGGGAUCAAGCCAACUAUUCAUGUAGUGUUGAAAACCAGUUUGGAAGAGAUGAAAUCAUUUAUAAUUUAAUAGUAAUUGUUCCUCCAGAGGCACCACAAUUAAGCGUUGUUGAAUCUUAUACCGACAGUCUGCAUUUAAAAUGGUCUGAUCAAGGAAAUGGUGGAUCUCCAAUAUUAGGAUACGUGAUAAAUUAUAAAAGAGAUCAUGGGGAUUGGGAAGAGCUACAAAUUUCUGCAAGAACUGAUGAGCAUAUGUUAAGAAAUUUAUGGUGUGGAAGUAGAUAUUUAUUGUAUAUUACCGCAUUUAACAGAAUAGGGACAGGUCUCCCUUGUGAUAUUGUUUCAGCUAAUACAAAAGGCACAGUUCCUUUAAAACCAAAACAAUCCCAAAUGUUAACUAUGAACGCCACCGUCGUUACAGUAUGGUUGGAUUCUUGGGGUGAUGGUGGUUGUGGUAUUAUGCAUUUUGCAAUUGAGUAUAAGUCUUCAGGUCAGUCUUCAUGGACAAUGUCUUCUAGCCAUGUAAAGCCAACUGAAAGAGUUUAUAGUAUUUCUGAUCUAUGGCCAGCCACUGAGUACCAAAUUAAAAUUACAGCUCACAAUAAUGCUGGAUUUACAGAAGCACUAUAUAAUUUUACCACAUUAUCAAUUUUAGGAAUUGUUCCAGAAAUAAAUCCACCGGUAUCCAACUCUGAAGAAAAUGUGUUUUAUACCAAUGCCAGGGUUUUGAUCCCAAUAGUUUUAUUAAUUUUAGUACUAAUAGCCCUAAUAGCAACUGGUUUUUGGAUAAAAAAGAUAGGAUGUGAACGUGACAGUCAAAACCAUUCUCUUGGAGAGUCCCCUUCAAUGGCUCAAAUCCAAAACAAACAAAAUAGGGAUCAGCAAUACUUGGCAGUAAGAAUGGGAAGAGAACCUCACCCGCUUACAACAGACAACGAUACAUAUAAGGCGGAAUCGGCUGACUAUAUAGAAGAUAUAUGUCCUUAUGCCACGUUUCAACUUUCUAAGCCAGCAUACAGUGAAAGUUCUUACAGCGGCAACGUAUAUAGUGGUCCAUACCACUCGGUGCGCGGAUCUUUUGUAUAUCACGAUGUAAAACCUCCACCUAUCGAUAAGUUUAAAUUAGGACAUAGCAAAGAGCCCGAAUACAGCAAAGUACGACGAAAAGGUGGCCGUCUAAGAGACCCACACUCGGAAAGCCAAGAGUCUGAUAAUCUGGGCAGCACUGACUCAGAGGUCAAGAAGAUACUAACCCUGCACCUGCCUAUUUCAGAGUACGAUACUCUCGGCUCCGAUUCAGAUGGGGAUGGUAGACCAACUAGUCAGGAACUUACGUCUUUUAGUCAUAGAAUGAGAGGUGGAGCAGAGGGUUCCUCUUCAUCAUCAGAAACAUCACCACCAUCAGAUAGUGUGGUUCGAAAACCGUACCAAUCUAGAAAAGGAAAAGCUACUCCAUUGAAUAAAAAGCAUGUUAGAAGUAGUAGCGGAUAUUCAAGUCACAACGAUGAAACAACUUUUAGUAUUUCCCAUGCACCCAGUUUUAAUGAACGAAUUCAUCCACCAAGCAGAUUUUCAGAUCUAAACCCCCGAGAAUUAAAUGAACGUGCUUACGAAAAGGGAAUUAAAUCCAAAGGACUGUCAAAGCUUACAAGAGAGGCUUUUCAAAUAAAUGUUUAAAUGUACUAUAGGUAUCGCUAAAUUUUAAAUGAUCUUCAGAAAUAUAUGGGUUAUAUUUAUAAUAGUUAAAAAUAUUAUCUUCAGAACAGUUUUUAUUAAAUUCAAAUAAUCAAUUUGUAAAAAUUAUACAGAAAAUUGUUGCCAGUGACCAUAGUCCCCAAUGAGAUUAAAAAAAACAUGAUUCUUUGAAGUUUAUAAAAUUCUCAACUUCCGAUAGCUAUCAAAAAACAACAUUUUGUUCGCCCUCAAAAAUUCUAAAACUCCCUACCGUCGCGACGCGUCGCGUGGUGUAAAAUCUUCGUAAAGUACUUAUUUGAAGAUUAAGGGACAAGUGAAUAAAGGGGAUAAGUAAAAUUUUUAAUAAUAAAGGACAAAAAAUAUUGGAGUUGCAAUACCAAACUUAUUUUUAUUUACAAUCUCAAUAAUGUUUCUUCUUUUUUAACUAAAAUGUAACAUGACACUUUUAAACAAAUUUAUUGUUAUUGAAACACCAAAUUUACUUGUUACUUAACUCCUCUAAACACUUGCCCCUUUAAUUUUAUUUUUUGUAUUCGUAUUAUAUGCG